UGUUUUUUAUUCUUAGUCUGGGGGAAGGGGUACACACAAGAGGGAGACGGGGAAACGCGACAGCGCGGCGGGCCGACAUCCGAGUUCACGGCUGCCGGGCCUGCGAGAGAAGCGCGUUCUCAGAAACUCUCGUGCGGACAGAACGAGCGAAAGAGAUCGAGCGACCGGACGCCAAGCGAUUUGGCGAGGGACGAGUGCUCGUCGCGACGCGUGAGCUUCGGCGUCCGAUCUUGUCUCUCCGCGCGCCGCCGAAGCGACUGCAAGCGGCGCUUCGUUUUUUUUGCGCUAGCGGCCUUGGUCGGCGGCUUCGCUGAUGGCUUUGGCUUCUGGUUUUCUUUCCUCCGGGCCCGCUUCUUCGACUCGCGCUGCUUGGAUGUCAUUGUCUUGUGAUUGCCUAAGGGCACAAGAGGUACUGCGUGACACACGGUGUUUCCCGGGAGGGGGCAGCCGGGGCCACGCAGUGGAGACGAUCGUGCGGCUUUCGUAGUCUGCGGGUCCACGGGCGGCGUGAAAAAUGCCAUGCGAUGCG